AACUACGGAUGAUAGUUUAAGAGAACACUUUGAAAAAUGGGGCACUCUCACAGAUUGUGUGGUGAUGAGAGAUCCCCAAACAAAACGUUCCAGAGGCUUUGGCUUUGUGACUUAUUCUUGUAUAGAAGAGGUAGAUGCAGCAAUGUGUGCUCGGCCACAUAAGAUUGAUGGACGUUUAGUAGAACCAAAGAGAGCCCUUUCUAGAGAGGAUUCUGUAAAACCUAGUGCACAUCUAACCGUGAAGAAAAUUUUUGUUGGUGGUAUUAAAGAAGAUACAGAAGAAUAUAAUUUAAGAGACUACUUUGAAAAGUAUAGCAAGACUGAAACUAUAGAAGUUAUGGAAGAUCGACAGAGUGGAAAGAAGAGAGGAUUUGCAUUUGUAACUUUUGAUGAUCAUGAUACAGUUGACAAAAUUGUUGUUCAGAAAUAUCAUACUAUUAAUGGGCAUAACUGUGAGGUGAAAAAAGCCCUUUCCAAGCAAGAGAUGCAGUCUGCUGGGUCACAAAGAGGUCGUGGAGGUGGCUCAGGCAAUUUUAUGGGACAAGGAGGAAACUUUGGUGGUGGUAGUGGAAACUUUGGCCAUAGUGGACAUUUUGGUGGAAGAGGUGGUUAUGGUGGUGGUGGUAAUGGCAGCAGAGGCAGUUAUGGAGAUGGAGAUGGUGGAUAUAAUGGAUUUGGUGGAGAUGGUGGCAACUAUGGAGGUGGUCCUGGCUACAGAAGUAGAGGGGGUUAUGGUGGUGGUGGUGGACCUGGAUACGGAAACCAAGGUGGUGGAUAUGGUGGUGGAGGUGGAGGAUAUGAUGGUUACAAUGAAGGAGGAAAUUUUGGUGGUGGUAACUAUGGUGGCAGUGGGACCUAUAAUGAUUUUGGAAAUUAUAGUGGGCAGCAGUAA